AUGGGAACUGUGCCACUACCUGAUGGUGUGAAUGUGGUCGGUACAAAGUGGAUCUUCAAGAACAAGACAGAUGAUGCUGGAAGCAUUGUACGAAACAAGUCAAGACUUGUUGCGCAAGGUUACUCACAAGUUGAAGGAGUCGACUUUGAUGAAACCUUUGCCCCUGUAGCACGUCUUGAGUCUAUCAGACUGUUUCUAGGGAUGGCAUGCAUAUUGAACUUCAAGAGGAACUGUGGACAAAACUUGUUCACACUUGAGAAGAAGAAUGAGAUGAUGAUGGUGCAGAUCUAUGUAGAUGAUAUCAUCUUUGGAGGAACUUCAGAGAAGCUGGUGGAAAACUUUGUGAAGAGUAUGACUAAGGAGUUCAAGAUGAGCAUGGUGGGAGAAUUGAAGUACUUUCUUGGACUUCAAGUGAAUCAGACUGAGAAAGGAAUCUUUAUUUCUCAAAGCACCUAUGCCAAGAAUCUACUGGUGAAGUUUGGUCUUGACAAAUGCAAGGAGGCAAGAACACCAAUGAGCACCACGACAAAGAUUGGAAAGGAUGAACAAGGAGAAGAUGUUGAUGCCAAACCAAAACAGUCCCAUCUUCAAGCGGUGAAGAAGAUCUUGAGGUAUGUCAAGGGAACUGUCAAUCUGGGGAUCUUCUACUCCAAAGGAUCCAACAGAAAUCUUGCUGGAUAUUGUGACGCCGAUUGGGCAGGAUGUGCAGAUGAUCGGAAAAGUACAAGUGGAGGUUGUUUCUUCCUUGGGAACAAUCUUAUUGCUUGGCUUAGCAAGAAGCAGAAUUCUGUGUCACUAUCUACUGCAGAGGCUGAGUACAUUGCAUUGGGAAGCUGCUGCACACAGCUUAUAUGGAUGAGACAGAUGUCAGCCGAUUAUGGGAUGGAGUCUGGACCCUUCUUGGUCUACUGUGACAACAAAAGCGCCAUUGACAUAUCAAAGAAUCCGGUGCAGCACUCAAGGACUAAGCACAUUGACAUAAGACACCACUUUGUUCGUGAAUUGGUGGAAGAAAAACAGCCGUCAGAUCUACAAGCCAGCAAUCUCCAAGCACUGCCGUCGCCUGACGAAGCGACUGAAGUAGCGACCACUACAUCUCUGGUAGUGACCCCGAUGGUGUUUCUGAACCAGCAGAGCCGGAUGUACAACAGAACGACGCAUCAAUGUCUCUGUCAGAUCCAUAACCAGCCGUUUCACCCUCUCGACGAAGCUCGCGAAACAGAGUCUCUUGAUGAACUUCAACUAGAGCUCAGAGUGUUGAAGAACAGAGUGAUGCAGAUUUUCUCUCGUGCUAAGGAACAAGAGAGUUCUUCAGGAAACAGGUCCCUUCGCAGUUUCACUGACAUAGUUCAGGGUCUGAUCAUCGUCAAUCUGCAAGGGGGAGAAUAUGAUGUAUCAGAGAACGAAAACUAG